UUUUUUUUUACUACUGGACUGUAUCUCCAGUUCGUUUUUCAUUUUUAAUUUGAGACAGGUUUUCACGAAUUUGCUCAGACUGGCCUUGAACUUGCCAUCCCAGUUCUGCCCAAUAAUUGGGAUUACGAAUGUACACUAUACUAUAUCAUGCCUAGGGGAAGCAAAACUCACUCACCCAGUUUUUGGGCACCAGAAAACAUUAGGAACUAAACCAAAAGGUCCCACCUGGCUAGAAACAUAACAUGUUCUCUGCUCAGUGAGCUUUUCCUUACAUGGGCACUCAAGAAUUUUUUUUUUUAAUGACUAAGCAGAUCUUUCGGUGGUAUUAUUUUAGAACAGUAAAACCAGUUACAAACCCACUUAAUUUAACAGGCAAAUGGGAUUGCUGAGGCUUACCCCCACCCACCUCCACUGGCUCUGCAUGGCUCUUCCCCCACUGCCCUUCAGAUCUUGAAUUUGGCCUGUCGUAUUCUAGGUGGAAGUUUUGUGAGUAAAUCAAGGUUGAUUGUUACGCUGUUGAGAGUUUGGCUGUCCUUCACUAAUCAGUUGUAUUUGGCUGGUGAAGAUUUCUGAUUUAAAACAGAAGGACCUGCAGUGGCACCUGUCGUGAUGAUGAGCUGUGUUUAGGCAGGCCUGUCAUAUCAUAGUCAUGUCUUUGAAUGCUUUGCGUGUGUUCAGGGAGACUUCACCACUGAGUUACAUGUGUAGCCAAGCCAUAGAUUUUUCUUUUUUCUUUUGUAUAUAGGAUCUCUCCUGUAAUCUAGGUGGCCUUCAACUUGAGAUCCUCAGGCCUCAGCCUCUGGAGUCCUGGUAUUAUAGGCAUAUAGUAUCCUGCUAGCCAUAUUAUGUUUUUUGAGACAAGGUCUCUUGUAGCCCAGGAUGGCCUCGAAUUUUGUUAUGUAGCGGAGGCUGACUUAGAACUCAGUUCCCUAGCCUCUACUUUCUUGGGAUCACAAGUGGUAGGCAUCACUGUUGGCUCUAUUUAUUUUAGGGAAAUAAAACAAGGCUGAAAGUAAACAAAUACGAAACUUCACUGUCUGAUGGUUAACACUGAUCGUUGGGAUCAGAGCCACUGAGGAGACAAGCUUCAGGGCACACCUGCGAGGAUUUAGCUUGAGUUUAGGUUAAUUGAGGGAGGUCGACUCACCCUCAGAUUGGCACUGUUUCCUCUGGUUGGGUCCUGGAUUGAAUAAAAAGAACAAAGCUAGUUGGACACCAGCAUCCACUGUGUCUGGUUCUUGGGGUGUCUUGUGACCCUGCCUCCAUCCUCUGCUGUGGACUGCACCCUUGAACCGAUUUAUUUCCUACAGAAGUCUUGUGAGGCUCCUGCACAGAUAGAGCGAUGAUUAUACAGAGAGUAGUAUUGAACUCCCGACCUGGGAAAAAUGGAAAUCCAGUGGCAGAGAACUUCAGGAUGGAAGAAGUCAGUUUAGCAGAUAAUAUCAGUGAAGGACAAGUUCAGGUUAGAACUCUCUACCUCUCUGUGGAUCCUUACAUGCGCUGUAAGAUGAAUGAGGACACUGGCACUGAUUACUUAGCGCCCUGGCAGCUGUCUCAGGUGGUUGAUGGUGGAGGUAUUGGAAUUGUAGAAGAGAGCAAGCACAUACAUUUGGCUAAAGGCGAUUUUGUGACUUCUUUUUAUUGGCCCUGGCAAACCAAAGCCAUUCUAGAUGGGAAUGGCCUUGAAAAGGUAGACCCACAACUUGUGGAUGGACAUCUUUCAUAUUUUCUUGGAGCUAUAGGUAUGCCUGGUCUGACUUCCUUGAUUGGGGUACAGGAGAAAGGUCACAUAUCUGCUGGAUCCAAUCAGACAAUGGUUGUCAGUGGAGCAGCAGGUGCCUGUGGAUCUUUGGCUGGGCAGAUUGGCCACCUGCUUGGCUGUUCCAGAGUGGUGGGAAUUUGUGGAACACAUGAGAAAUGCCUCUUUUUGACUUCAGAACUGGGGUUUGAUGCUGCAAUUAACUAUAAAAAAGGGAAUGUGGCGGCACAGCUCCGAGAGUCGUGCCCAGCUGGAGUGGAUGUCUACUUUGACAACGUUGGUGGUGACAUUAGUGAUACGGUGAUAAGUCAGAUGAAUCAGAACAGCCACAUCAUCCUGUGUGGUCAAAUUUCUCAGUACAAUAAGGAUGUGCCUUACCCUCCUCCACUGUCCCCUGCUACAGAAGCAAUCCAGAAGGAAAGAAACAUCACAAGAGAGAGAUUUACCGUGCUAAACUAUAAAGAUAAGUUUCAGCCUGGACUUCUCCAGCUGAGUCAGUGGUUUAAAGAAGGAAAGCUAAAGAUCAAAGAGACCGUGAUAAAUGGAUUGGGAAACAUGGGAGUUGCGUUCCAGUCCAUGAUGACCGGAGGCAACAUAGGGAAGCAGAUCGUCUGCAUUUCAGAAGAUUUUUCUCUGUAGUCUGCGUAUCUUCAUCAAGGAAGCCCUACAUUUCCUAUUGUGCACAAAGAUUCUUAAAAUACAUUUAAAAAAUAAUCUUACAGUACAGAUAGUUCUUGAUUUAAGUGUAAUUGUAAUAUUUUUAGUUACAUAACCUCAUUUUCAAUAUCAUAUAUUAACUAUAUAUCUAACAUGUGAUUGUUAGCCAUAAUACAAUGUGGGUUGUGACCCCCUUUGGAGUUACUAUCAGAUAUCCUGCAUAUCGGAUAUUUACAUUACAAUUCAUAACAGUAGCAAAAUUAGUUAUGAAAUUGCAAUGAAAUAAUUUUAUGGUUGUGGUCCCCACAACGUGAGGAACUGUGUUAAAGGUCGCAGCAUCAGGAAGGGUGAGAAGCACUGCCACAAUAGAUUUGGUAUCAUCUGUUUUUCUCUAUUUUAUUUUCGAGACAGGCUUUCAAAUACGAAGUCCACACUGGCCUUGUACUUGUGAUUCUUGUGGCCUGUCUCCUGAGUGCUGGGAUCACAGGCAUGGACCACUAUACCUGACUUAUUUUCCUUGUAAUAAUAACUAGUAAUAAUAAUUAUUUUGGAGAUGGGUCUGUUAGUGUAGCUCAGGCUGGACUGAUUCCUCAGGUUCCCCACUGCCAAUUAUCUCUGGGGUUCCAGGCAUGUGUUACUCACUAUACUCAGCUAAUUUUGUUUGUUAAAACUCAUGUUACAUAUAUUUGUAUCAAAUAUUUAAAAACUCCUGGAUAGUUAAUACAACUGUUAAUGGAUCAUAUGUAGACAUAUCUUUAAGUUAUUUUUAAAACUGAAUACUCUAAUUCUGUGGUCAGAAGCAGUUAACAUCUGUUGAACUGGGGAAAUUUUUAACAUUAUUCUUAAAGUGAGAGUAUUAGGAUUGAGCUGGGAUUUCCAUAUUUCACAUGGAAGAGAGACUUUAAAAGUCUCUAUAUACCUAUGUGUCUUGUCUGUCUGUACACCACAUGCAUGCCCGAUUCCUGCAGAGGCAGAAUAGGGCACUGGAUCCCUUGGCACUGGAGAGUUUUGAGCCACCAUGUAGGUGCUGGGUUUUUGAAUGCAGGUCCUCUGGUAGAGCAGCUGCUGAGCUAUCUCUCCAGACUGCCCAAAGAGAGACUUUUAAUGGUAUAAGCACGUAGUGGCAGCAUUGGGAGUAUCAGACUGAGGAACAGUCUUAGGGGUUGAAGAGAAGUUUUGGGUUGGGAGUGUUAUGAAAAGAUAAAUAACGUCAGUUGAGUUGAUGAGAAGCUCAAUAGACCAGAUUUAUACCCAGAAGGCUUGUGUUCUCCCAAAUUACUGACUAUGUAGCAAGCCUAACAAAAGCUUGUGUUUACUUUAGGAAUAUUUUUUUGAGACAGUCUGUUAAGUAGCUUGCUAUGUAAUUCAGGCUGCCCUGGAAUUUACAGAUCUCUAGCUGCCUGUCUGCCUCUGGAGUGCUAGUGUUAAAGGCCUGUACUUUGGGAAACUUUGGAGGGCAAGUAGAUAUACUUGGAAUUUUAUUGAUUAAAGUGGGUUGGGGGAGCAAUCAGGGCAGAACGUUGUUUAGUAUUCUAGGAGCCUUAAUUCCCAAUAGCAACCCCCACUCCCAACUCGCCCCAAGUAAAAAAAAGCUUCAGAAAAUGAUGGUGGUGGUGGUGGUGGCAUAUGCCUUUAAGCCCAGCACUCAACAGGUAGAGGCAGGCGGAUCUCUGUGAGUUCAAGGCCAGCCUGGUCUACAAGAGCUAGUUCCAGGACAGGCUCCAAAAGCUACAGAGAAACCCUGUCUCAAAAACAACAACAACAACAAAAAAAAAGCUUCAGAAAAUGAUAGGACAAAGUAAACUAACCAAUGGUUGUAGACAUGAAUAUUCCACAUAUAUUGAUGUUUUAUUAAUUGUAACUCAACCUUUAGAAAAGUAAAAUUGGAGAUGUUUUCUAAGUGUGAUUUAAUAUACUUUUUUUACACAGCCAAUGUAUUUUAUAGGUGACACUUGCAAUAAAUAUAUUCAAACUGUA